AUGGUAACCCUCUGUUGCUCUACGGUAGCCCCGAGCGGCGGAGGAUAAAACUUGUUUCAUGUUCUGAGGCCUCGCGGAAACACGACGUUAAGACUACAGCAACAUGGACCUCAGCCGUCAGCAGACAGCCGGACCUGAUCUAGACGAUGUUGAGCUCACGAGGAAGCGGUCAGAGCUCUUCAGUGGAGAAUGCAUGAGGCUGAUCCAAGAGACGAACAAAGCGUGUAAACGAAUGCAAGAUAACGACAACAAGCAGCUUGAUCAGAGGGUCAAAGACAUCAAGUUCCUGAAGAAGGAGUUGGAGCUGAAGUUGGAGGAGAUCAGUGAGGAGAUUGAAAUCCUCAUAGCGUUGCAGAGCAGAGUGGUUAAGGCGCUGGAGGCCUGCAAAGAGCCCCUGAGGGUCACUACUCUCUGUCUGGAGGAGAGGAUGAACCAUCCUCCCACUGAGAGACUCCAGGAUGAGGUGGACAGAGAGCUGCUGAAGGAGAGGGAGGUUACAGAGGGGGUGGCUUCCCUCCUGCAGCGUGUAGUGGAGCAGAUCACUGAGCAGAUCCGACUGAACCAAUCUGCCAAGUACCACUUAGAACAAGAUCUGAGGGAAAAAUAUGAGGCCCAGUGCAUCGACAACUCCUGCAACCUCAUGACCAUCCAUUCCAUCAAAGACCAGCUGAAGUCCAUGAAUACCAACUCUAGUUUGCCGAGCUUGGCAGUGACUCCUCAGCAGUGGGAGAACAUCUCAGAGGUGAACAUAGCCAAAGCGGAGCAGCAGAAGACCAACUCACUGUCGCUACGGGCCCUCGUGGAGUCUCUCCUGGAGCAGACAGCGGCUGACAUGCAGAAGCAGGUCCAGGCUACAACAGCAGCCUUUCAGCUGAAUGUCAAUGAAAUCAAGUCUGCCAAGAGCCAGAUGGAGGAGCAACUGAGCAAGACUCUGUCUGAGUUCUCCAGCCAGCAGAGGAUCAGAGAGGAUCUCCAGGUGGCCAUCACAGAGCAGGAACAGUUCCUGACUCUGGCCCGGGCCCGGAUGGAUUUGCGUCACCAGAGGCCCGUCAAAGAGCGAUGUCACGACCCGGUGCACACGCAGCUGCUCGCUGAGGUCCAGCAGCUCACAGCCCACAUCAGCAAACUGCGUGAGGCAGUGGUCCAGUCAGAAGAGGAGCAGAGGGCGCUGGUUCGAUGCCAGCGCGAGUUGCAGGAAUGCAUCAACAUGAAGGCCACCUCUCUGUACAUCGAUGAGGUCACCUGCGCCCAGCACAGGGAGCCCAUUGUAAUACACAACUUCUGAACAGUCAGCAGCAGGAAAGCUCCGCACACGACUGUGGUCUCCUUCACAAUGCAGCAGUUAUAAGAAAUUAAGUUUGAAUUAUGUGAUAUUAUAUUUGUCAUAAGUAUGGUCUGAACUGGGUUUCAAAUUUGUUUUUAUCUGUUAUUUAAAGCUCCAGUGUGUGUGAUUAAGGUGAAA